ACGGUCAUGCCGGAUAACGUGGUGGAAUCGGUCAAGCAUCUCUCUAUAGGAAAUGAGCAUAUACCAAAUACGGAAACUUCCCCGACCACUGUACCGCUCGCUGCAGCGAGAAGACUCCCUCAGAAAGAGAAGUUGGACAAGCCAAAAAAGCCACCAAAACCUGGCUCAAAAGCUGCCAUUCUGCUGAAGCAACAGCAGCAAGCCCUGAAAACUGCUCCUUCUGAUACAGUAUUUAUCCCACCGAUUAAAACCCUUGAUGCAGAAACCGGUGUUCUUAUCCUGGCCUUUCAAAAUUCUAACUCGCUAAGGGCUGCACUCGGUCGACCGCACGUUGCUUAUGAAGGGGGCACGUUGAAAGGACCGUUGAAAGGAGUCAACUUCCCCAUGGAGCAUUUGGCAAAUUGGGCUCAAGACUUGCAUACAGAACAAGCUACCGAAGCUGAAAAACUGAUGAUUGAGUUGUUGGAUGAUAGUGGUACGGCGGCUGUCGACCGACAACAACCUUCAACAGCACCAGACGGAGCAGCAUCAGCCACAGGCGCUCUAUCAACCCCGCAAUUUCGGUCACGAAUAACAUACAUUUGCGCCUAUGUGCACCCUGAUCGCUCCACAUUGCUUCAUGAAUGGGCUCACGCGCGGUUUUACCUCUGCAAUAUUUAUCGAUCUCUAUGCGAGAGUUUAUAUUCGAAUCUCGACGAUAGCUCCCGGCGCAUUGUAGAGAAAGAACUGUCUUUGCGGAAUUACAAACCCAAUGUUUACAUAGACGAAUGGCAAGCGUAUUGUGUUGAAAGUCCAAUGGAAUUCGGUAAAAAGUCGAUACGAGUGAUGACGGAUCCACAUAGGAUAUUGAAGAAGGCGGUGGGCUUACCUCCCAGUUGGUAGCUAUGCACCUUCUAUAGAUAACACAAUCUAGUGAAAGAAGAAUUGAAAAGCUGUAUCUAUUUUUUUGUUUUGUAUAUAUACAUGCUGCUAUAUAGUAUUGUGCAACUGUGCAGCAACCAGCUUGAGUAUGGCCUCUGUAUUCUUGCCGACGUUGCUUAUAUCCUUCGCGACGGUUUGCCAUCGU